UGAAAUCCACAGUAUAAUCAAUUUCAGAUUAAUCGAUUCGUUCGACUGUGCGGCGUGUGACUACACGUCCUGCGCCGCGUGCGUUCUUCCUUUUGGCUGAGCGUGUCGUCAUGGCUCCGACUAAAAAGGUGAUUGUGAAGAAGCAGGGUGGGAAGAGGAAAAAGCAGAUCCUGAAGUUCACUCUGGACUGCACUCAUCCGGUCGAGGAUGGAAUCAUGGAUGCUGCUAACUUUGAGCAGUUCCUUCAGGAACGUAUCAAGGUGAAUGGCAAAGCUGGAAACCUCGGCGGUGGUGUGGUGUCCAUCGAGAGGAGCAAGAGCAAAAUCGCAGUGAACUCAGAAGUUCCCUUUUCAAAGAGGUACUUGAAAUAUCUGACCAAGAAGUAUCUGAAAAAGAACAAUCUGAGGGACUGGUUGCGGGUGGUGGCCAACACAAAGGAGAGCUACGAGCUGCGCUACUUCCAGAUCAACCAGGAUGAGGAGGAGGAGGACGAAGAUUAAACUCAACACCGCAUUCAAUAAAAUUUCCAAAGAGAAA